AUGAAAUCAGUUAAUUUCGACCUAGAAAGACUAAUUGAGGACAUCGAACAUACCUUCAAGUGUGUUAUUAAGACUAUACAUGUGGACGGCGAAAGCUCAAUUAAUGGCAACGACUUCAAGGACUAUUGCAAAAGGAAAAGAAAGAUAUUAGUCACGACAGUUCCUGAUACGCCUGAGCAGAACGGCCUAAGCGAGAAAGCUGGGGAUAUAAUUGCUACUAGGGCAAGGAGCAUGAUUAUUGAAGCCAAUCUAUCUGAAGGGUUAUGGCUAGAGGCAGCCAGAGCAGCUGUUCAUAUCAUGAACCAAACACUAACAAAAUCCUUGAACUAUAAAACGCCAUAUGAGUCAGUGUAUAGGAAGAAAUCAUAUGUUGGAAAUCUGUUUUUAUUUGGAUCAAAGACUUAUGUACGGAUUGACAUAAAGAAAAGCCACAAAGUAGCUCCACGAGCGCAGAUUAGAUAUCUAGUGGGAUAUAAAGCUCACAAUAUUUGGCUCAUUUGGACGACAGGUCCACGGGGAACGAAGGUCAUUCGAGCACGAGACGUUGUUUUUGACGAAACGAAGAGAUAUGACCUAGAACAUCCAUUCGCUAGGGAAAUCAUCAGAGAUGGUGUGACAACGAUAACAGAAUCAUUAGAAAUUUCAAACCUUGAAGAUAUUGACGAGGACAAUCAAGUGUUUGAUUCAGUUGAUGACGACAUAAGGCUUCAACGUUGGCAACCCGCCAGUAUAAGGUUCUCACCAGCGAGGGGGUCAAAUGAAUUUCAAAUCGAGGCACCAAUUACUGGAAUUGGAAAUAUUGAAGCACAAAACGACGAACAUAUAUACAAUCCUGACAUGCAAAUGGAGGAUGCCCAAGAAAUCUUUCAAGAUAUUUGCACUGAAAAUCGUGGCGAUUCCAAUAUUGUGGAAUCUGGGGGGGUGAAAGAGGACGAAGUCGUGAGCGCGCCAAACACUCCAUUAAGAAAUGUCACAGGAUCUGAGAAGGAGAUUACCCUACCUUCUACACCCUUAAACAAUAAUAACGCACCCAAAGCAGCAGAAAUCAGUGCUGAUUUAUUAGAAAGGAAUAUCGUGACAGGUCCAAGAGUGCGAAUAGCUUCAAAAAGAGCUCGAAGCCUAGCAACUGAUAAUUCAGAAUCCAGCAAAAAUGUAAGAAAGAAGCAACGAGCUGCAUUCGCAAGAAUGAAGCUAUUCCAAGAGUCCUCACUAGCCAAGUCCUUCAUGGCCGCUAUGGAAAAAACUGACAACCUUCACGAAUCUGAGCUCCCACCAGAACCCAAGAACUGGACUGGCGUUCUACGGCACAAAUAUAAAAAGGAGUUCAUUGAAGCUGCAAAAACCAAAUUUGACACACUAAAGAAGAAAGGAACGUUCAAGUUUGUCCAAAAACUCUAUAAUAAAUAA